AUGUGUGACGGUGACACGCGCCUAUGGCGGGAGAGACGAGGAGGCGGCGGCCGAGAGGCGACCCCGGGCUCUUCUUCUGUACAUAACGCGGUGGGAGGGGGUGGGGAAGGCCGAGGGGCGUUUCGCUUGGCAGCUCCGCGGCGCCUGCCCCCGCUUUCGGGCGGGAAGGAAGGCGGGUCUGGCGAGCAGCGAGCGAGGGACGGAGCGCAGGAGGCGGGCUCCGCCGAGGCAGGAAGGGCUGUGGCUGGAGCUGGGGCUGUGACGGGGCUGGCAGGGCUGUGCGGGGCCGAGCGAAGGCCCGGAGUCGACGCACGGAAAGGGAGGAAGGAGACGAGGGGACUUUGCGCGCACAGCAGCAGCGAGCCUGGGAAGCCGAGCCGGGCUGGGCCGCGGCGGCCCAGGUAAGGAACUGAGGGAGAGGGGCCACCGGGGCAGGAAGGAAGCGUGUGCGAAACACACGCGCACGCCGCCCGUUUCACACGUUCACUCCCCCCCUCUUUACGCGGGUGGUGGGGAGAGAGGUGACGUGUGACGGGUGUUCCUUUUUUGGAGUUAAAAGCUCCUGGGAACCGCCGUUUUGUACAGUUCCACACAAACAUUAUGGGUUGUUUAGAUUAGGCAGCCUUGCAUCGGGAAGUUUUUUUUAAUUCUCGGCAUUUCGUUGUGCUUUUUAUACGUGCUGGAAGCCGCCCAGAGUGGCUGGCGGGGUAUGAAUAAUAAAAAUUAUUAUUAUUAUUAUUAUUAUUAUUAUUAUUAUUAUUAUAUUGUGUUUGUCUUUAAGCAGGGACAUGCAAAGCGUGUCACGUGUACCCCGUGGAACUGCGAAUAAACGCGCGCGCCGUGAACCCGUGUCCCCGGCCGUGUUUGUGCGCGCGCUGGGUGGCGUCCGUUCAGAUGCGCGUGUUGUUGCAAUGUGGGAUGGCACAUGGGUCCAACACCCCAGCCUCUCCUUGUGGGGUAAAUACAUUUCGGUAAAUAAAUACUUGCGGCCGUGUGACCCCCACCCCCACCCCCUCCUCUCCCCGCGGCAGUGGGUGGGUGUGUUUGUGUUGAAAAGAAGAUAAGGACUGCAUGUAUUUUGCUACCAGCGGCUGUUAAGAAAUGGCAGUAAGGGCAAGAAUAGUAUUAAAAAGUUAUGCGUGCAUCAGAUCCUGCAUAUAUGAGUGGCAGCUUGAGGAGACAGAGAGGUGCAGGGAAUGCCUUUCCAUUGCUUCUGUGCAAGGUAGAUUUCCUGUGUUUCAUUGCUAUAUAAGAGGUGCUAGGAACUUGAACCCGAGUGAAAAUUGUACCGCCUGCCCUGCAGGUCCUCCUUCCUUAUCCUUUCAGAGCGACAGCAAAGCACUCUGCGUAUGCUCAGAAGUAUUAUCUUGCUCACAACUGCCAUGAAAAUAGGUUUCCAGGCUAAGCUCCGAUUCAAAAUAAAAUCCUGGGUAUAUUGGUUUGCCUUUUUAAAAAAAACAAAAAAAAACCAACCCUAUAUGGCAACUAGCCUGCCUUUAACACAGGCACUUCACAUGGAUGACCAGGACUACCCAGGGCUGUGUUAGUUUAAGUGGUCUAUUUUGCUUUUUUGCUUUCCCUGCUGAGCUGUAAACAGCAUGUGCUGGAGGUGGGGGGGAGUGUUUACUUUCUAGCAGAAGAAGCAAUAAAUCUGCCAUGCAGUUUCCCCUCCCUGCCGCUUCCCGAACGUUGCUGCACACAGUUUCAAAGCAAUGCCAUUGGUGCCUGGGCUAUCUGCUACCAUGUAUCGCUCCAUGUUUGCCACAGGUUGUUGAUUCUGAUAGCAUUGCUUUCUGGAGAAAAUGUGGGGGUUGGGGGUCUGAGAGUCAAGGUCCUAAUUCAAGAAGCCCAAAUUCCCUCUGUAGCAGAGCUGUUUUUUCUGGUGGAAUGGUUGUCAUGGUGCACGUAGACGUUUUCUGUGCCAUAAUCAUGAGAUGACUCCACUGGUGAAUCAAAUGCUUAAACCAUGUGCAUCAUAUUGAACCGCUCGCAACUUUCCUGACGAAACUAGCUGAACAGAAAUUUUCUCUGAAAUGCAUAACUUUCUCAAUGUCCUUACAAAUUUUUUUUUCUAUUGGACAACUUCUGUAUGUGAGUGUUGAGAGCACUGCACCACAUUUCACCCGCUGUAAUAAUAUAUAUUGAAUUUAUUUAAUUUAGAGCAUUUGUACUCUGCUAAAAAGGCUCCCAGAGUGGCUUACAUGCAAACAAAACAAGUUUAACAAUCUGAAAAACACAUACAACAUGUAAGAGAUUUUCUCAGCCAUGUAUCUAAUACUUAUUUACUUAAAUCAUAGAAUCAUAGAAUCAUAGAGUUGGAAGAGACCACAAGGGCCAUCGAGUCCAACCCCCUGCCAAGCAGGAACACCAUCAGAGCACUCCUGACAUAUGGUUGUCAAGCCUCUGCUUAAAGACCUCCAAAGAAGGAGACUCCACCACACUCCUUGGCAGCAAAUUCCACUGUCGAACAGCUCUUACUGUCAGGAAGUUCUUCCUAAUGUUUACAAAACUCAAACUUAUAAAUUACAACACAUUGAAAUAAAUGUCAGUUUAGAAGGACAAAUAAAAAUAACUUUGCCUGUUGCAGAAAACAUAAUCAUUUUGGGGAGAGAAUCCUAUGAUAAAUGAGGCACCACAAUUGAAAAGGGUGUCUGCCACUUAUCUCAGAUGGUGGAGAUGCCUGGUGGUGAGAGUCUCCAAAGGUCACCUCAAUACAUGGACAGGUUGAACCAGGGACAAGCAUUACUUCAGGCACCUAGGUCCCAAAAUAUGCAAGGAUGUAAAACAGUUUUGCAUUUGAGCCAUAAAGGACCCUGACCAUUAGGUCCUGUUGUGACCGACUCUGGGGUUGCAGCGCUCAUCUCGCUUUAUUGGCCGAGGGAGCCGGCAUACAGCUUCCGGGUCAUGUGGCCAGCAUGACUAAGCCACUUCUGGCGAACCAGAGCAGUGCACAGAAACGCCGUUUACCUUCCCGCCAGAGCAGUAACCCGUCGCAGGGAUCCAAACCGCCAACCUUCUGAUCGGCAAGUCCUAGGCUCUGUGGUUUAACCCACAGCGCUAGGCAACCAGAAAUUCUAUGCAGGUGAGUAAGGGAGCUAGUGGACGAGGGACGAAUUGCUCCAUCUCACUUUUGAUACCCUGCUUGGUUUCUUUGCCAGCUGUGAAAGAAGGGAAGUCCUUUUCUAUGAGAUCAGCAUGGAAAUACAGAGGGCUGGUGAAGAAGGGAUGGAUCAUUUUGACCAUCCAGCUGUCUAUUUCAUUGAAGUCUUCAUUAUUAUUAAUAUGUUAAGAAGCUAAAAGCCUGCUUUUCCAUGGAGUCUAGGACUUCCCGUCUUCCAUGACCAGCAUGGAAAUGCAACAUGCUAGUCUUUAUUGCAGGCUAGUAAAAGUUUGCUGGCUAGUAAUUUUUGUUGGGUUAUUUCCAAGACUACACUGGUUAGCAGUUAGUUUCCAUGCUCAAUUCUAAUCACUGUUUUUGACCUUUUUAUGCUUCUGAGGAUCUCAGUACCUCAAGGACUGUCUCUUCUCACAUGAACCAACCCAGACCCUGUGUUCAGCAUCUGAGGCUCUUCUCUGUGUGCCUCCUGGUGACAUGAGAAUGGGCCUUUUCAGUUGUGGCUCUUCUAGAAUGCUUUCCCCAGGGAGGCUUAGCACCAUCACUAUCUAGUUUAGAUGCCUGGCAAAAAAACUUAAAUUUACAAAACUGAGUUAAGGGAAAUCACCAGCACCUUGAAUUACACUUGGAAGCAGACUGCAGCUAAGGACUGGAAUAAUAUAUUCAUCUGUAAUUAGCAAUCUAGUAACUAUUCUGAAACAACAGCAGUUUCUGAACAGCUUUUAAUGGCAGGCAGUCCUGUGUGCAGUUAAUUGCACUAGCCAAUCUAUUCAGCAGAGUAUAACUAAUACAGUACAGCUAAAAUAAUUGUGGCCAGACUACAAGAACUAAUUUAUUGGGUUAAUUCUGUUGCGUGUGUUUGGUGUUAAAAUGGUUAUUAUGUAUUUCUAUGGUACUUCUCUGUGAAUAAGUUGUAUUUAACUUUGCAGCAGCCUCUUGAGACAUGUUUAGGCUGUAAGACAGCGGUAGGCAACCUAAGGCCUGUGGGCCGGAUGCGGCCCAAUCACCUUCUCAAUCUGGCCUGCAGACGGUCUGGGAAUCAGUGUGUUUUUACAUGAGUAGAAUGUGUGCUUUUAUUUAAAAUGCAUCUCUGGGUUAUUUGCGGGACAUAGGAAUUCGUUCAUUUCCCCCCCCCCCCAUAUAGUCCAGCCCACCACAUGGUCUGAGGGACGGUGGACAGCUGAAAAAGGUUGCUGACCCCUGCUGUAAGAAAAUGACACUGAUGUUCUGUGGAUUGGUUCAGCUCUUGAUAGAUUCGCAGUAAGGAAUGGAUUUUGCCUCAGGCCAGAUUGCAUGGUGACCUUGGAAGUUUCCUCUGUUGUAUUCGACUUGACUGCCUCUUGCGAAUCACCUUCACCUAUUAACUCUCUGUAAGCUACUACUUAGGGACGUGGGUAGUGCUGUGGGUUAAACCACAGAGCCUAGGACUUGCCGAUCAGAAGGUCGGCAGUUCGAAUCCCUGCGAAGGGGCGAGCUCCUGUUGCUCUGUCCCAGCUCCUGCCAACCUAGCAGUUUGAAAGCACAUCAAAGUGCAAGUAGAUAAAUAGGUACCGCUCUGGCGGGAAGGUAAACGGCGUUUCCGUGUGCUGCUCUGGUUCACCAGAAGUGGCUUAGUCAUGCUGGCCACAUGACCCAGAAGCUGUCUGCGGACAAACGCCGGCUCCCUUGGCCAAUAAAGAGAGAUGAGCGCCGCAAUCCAGAGUCGGUCACGACUGGACCUCAGGGGUCCCUUUACCUUUAAGCUGCUACUGCAGUGUACCUUCACAGAAUGUUCCUUCCUACAUUGAGAAGCAGUGUGGAGUCAAGGCUAGAGCAGUUGGGCUUUGAUGUCGAAGCCCAGUUCAUGUCUAUACUCAGCUGUGAGCCUCCCAUCCCAAACAACUGAUUAGCGCUCUAUCUGGUUAUCGUACUGGGAUGACGCACACUAGCAUAGCUGAAAUGUGGCAACAAUCUCUCAAACUAACCUACUGGACAGGAUUGUUGUAAUGAUAAGGUGAGGUAUAUCUACCCAUGUACACCCCUUUUGAGUUCACUUGAGGGAGGGACAAGAUGCAAAUAUGACUAAUCAUGUAUAGGUUAUAGAUAUGCAUAGAUAAUGUGUGGGUAUGAUAAAAAUAAAAAACUAUCAAUAGUUUGAUGGGUACGUUGUCUACUCUUUGCUGCAUCUUGCAUGACAAACAAACAGAAGCAGGAGUGGGUGAUGACAUUGGGGAUUUGUUUUUGUCUCUGCAGCUCUUAUUGUUUAUUGAUAUAGAACAAGAGAUUUAAAUUUACAGAGGGCCAAUACUUGCUUCAUAUCAUAGAUACUAGGACAGUCUCAUCUGGGGUACCUGGAAUUCUAUCCCAAGUUACAGUCCAAUUGCAUUAUCUUAUAAAGCAGAGCACACGUGGAUGAAUUGUGCUCCCCCCCCCCCCAAUAUGGGCACUUUGUCCUUUCUGUCAUAGUGGUGGGCAGUUUGCUAGUAAACCAUGAAUGCUUCAUGGCAGAACGAGAGUUUUGCACAUGAAUCCUAAAUGUUCCACUGCACUAUACUGACAAUUCUUAGGACACAUUUCUCUCUAGGGCAGAUAUCAAGCUCUAAAGUAGAGGGGCUUUUAUACCAGCUGGCCGCUGAGUUGAUCCCACCUGUUGUUAAAUGGGCAGUUUACAGCUUUUGUUGCUAAUUCAUUAUGAAGUGCAAUUGAUACGGAUUUCGCAUAGUUGCUUUCGGGUUGAGAUUUUGCUGCAUGGCAGGCUCAAAUUCAACUGAUACAGCUUUUGCUAUCUCUCUAUAUAUGUGGAUAAUCAAUCUCCCUACCCCACCCCACCCCACCCCACCCCAUAUUGCUAUCUUAGCAUUUAAAAGAGGGCAUCCCUUUGUUUAUUUCCCCAGGACAGUGGGGCUGUGGAGCAAUUACUCUUUUAUCUAUUGGGCUUGUGUGUUUUGAAAUUAUGUUGUUGUUCAAUACAGUGAAGCAAAGGGCAAUAGAAAUAGCCCAGUUUACACCAUGAGAAUACUUGGCUGCCUGUGUGGGAUAAGCACUUCCUUCAGAACAGGUAUCUAGGAUGAAUAAACUGUAGUUCUUGACCAGAGUGCAGAAUUGUAGGGGGGAAAUAGAACAUUAGACACCCUGGACAUUUGCCUACUGCCUGCACUGUGUGGUUUGAUUUGUUUGCACAAGACGUAUGGAGAUGUUUGUUCCUCAGGUUCCUUUUUCAGUGCUAACACAUAUUCUCGGCUUGAAGCCUUGUAAUGGGCUGUUACCUCUACUGCAUGGUUGAUCUUCUAAAUAGCUGGUAGGAGAAUAACUUGCUGAUGGAUGAGCAUAUGACUUCCAGUCCCUUCCCAUUUAAUGAUUUCACAGUUCUAGCAUAGAAAUGACGUGGGGCUGAUACAGUUUUCAUGGCUGCUAUUGCUUCAUUUAUAUGCCACUUUUCUUAAAGCAGCACACAGUGUUAGUUAUACAGGGCCAUCUUUUCAUUAUGUUAAUAGUAUGAUUUUUGAAGCCCCCCUAAAGUGUUAGGUAGCUAUAACUUGGCCUCAUGAAAAAGUCUAGCAGGGUUAGCUUGCCCUGACUUUUGCAGAGAGAAAGGGAACUCAGCUUGCAAUGGGAAGUAUUCACAAGGCCAAACUCCAUCUGCCUCCUGCCUACAGGGGCUCUGGGAAAUUUGCCAUGCUGUAUUUGUGUGUGUGUGUAGUAAUAAUCAAGGAGCUAUAGGCAUGCUUAAUAAAUCUAGAGCUAAGUUUUAUUUAGAGUACACCAUGUGCCUACAAGAGUCCACAUAUUUUUAUUUUGUAGUAAUUUUGUUUCCUAUCUUUUGCAGUGCUUUUCAAGAGCUCCAGUUGAGGGCGAGGAAUCAGUGGAGGUAGGUCCUAUAGAAAUCCAAACUUUAAUAAUCUACCUUUACAUAAUUUCUGUUGUGCUGCUUGUGCUUCUCCCAUAUUUUUUUUAAAAAAACGCCUUCCCCUGGUUUUGUUUCAUUCUUUAUCCAAGAUCUAUGCAACACCAAGUGAGAGUAAAGUUUCCCCUAGUACGGAGCAUGACCACAUAGAGAAAUGCAAGACAAGUGGCAAGCCUUUAUAAAGUGUUUGAUCAAGCACUUAUGAAAACAAAGUAAACCGUAAAACUGUUCUUGCUUAUAUGCUUGUUGACCCUUUCAAAAUAAUUCUGAUAUAAACUAGAAACAUUUGGCCAGUGUCACAUGUUAGAUCAAAGAGCGAUGUGAAAUUCAGCCCAGUAUUUCUCCACCUCUUUGGCUUGUAGUCUCAAAAUUUUCCGCAUUCCUUAGCCUUGCCAUUCUCUUCCUGCCAACACUGUCCAAGCCCCUCCUAUAUUUAGGUUGUUCUCUCUUCCUCCUUUUUCUGUGGGCAUUGGUCUUCUCCACUGAUCUUCCCUAAAGUUUCUGCUUCUCACCCACUAUGUUCUGGAACUUUCCGUCUCAGAAGCUGCACUAUUUUCCCUUCCUUGCAGACAGAUUCUCAUUCUGAGCAGUUAGAAUGAGUGAAUAGAAACCAUCAGCUUACUGAGCAGUGAAUGUGGGAAAGUUUGCCCAUUUCUUAUGUGCAGGAGCACAUACAACUGUGGCUGGCUUUGUCUUAUUCUGUGGUUGCUGUUGCUCUGUCCUUAGUUACGGACUAGUUCUGUUCUGUUGCCAUGGAGUGGAAGGCCUGGCCCUCCAUGCAUUGCUAGUGUGUUUUAUCACUAUUUAUUGGGGAAGUUUAGGGAAGUAGGUCGGUUAUUUGUUCUUACAGUCUUAAAACUUUAUUCACACUGAUAAUUGUGUUGUUUCAAAAAGGUCAGUAAGAUUUUUCCACUCUCUUUGGAGUGGUUCUCUCUCUCUCUCUCAGGAAAAAAACAACAGACUUUUUACAAAAUUUCUGUCUGCGAAGCCCAUUGUUGUGUAGCUUUUAAUCCUGUGAAACUGCCUAUUGAGUGUAACAUCACACCUUAAAAUCAAGAUUAAUCACGUAUGGAUUGUACACAUUUCACCCCAGCCCCUUGUCAUACAACUCACACAGAACUAUGACUUCUGAGAUAUAACUAAAAGAACCCUCAGAUCUGACUAUUAUGGGGUUAAAUUUGGAACCUCUAAUUAUGGACAGAAGUAAGACUUUUCUUUCCUGAUCCUUUUUAGUUUUUGCCCGGGAUAUUCCAGCAGUAAACAACCUGCAAAUAAUGUGAGUAGGAGUAUUAUUUAUGUAUUAAAAAGCGUUCUUACACAAAAAACACAAAACUAAAAGAGAUUAUUUAAAGAUGUGUCACAGAACUAAACAUAUUUUAAGUAUUUCAAAAUAUAUAAACAACACUUGGAAAAAGAAUUUUGAAGUCUCAAGGGCAAAUUACACACAGUGAUAAAGACAUAGUUUGGCAUUGCAUGAAUCUUUUUAAAAACUUAUAUAUAGCAGCUGUAGGGGGUGAUAUGGCUCCCAACAUUUACCAAGUAUUACAUAGCAGAGAAAGAUUGCUCCUUAUUUUGCUUAAUACCAUGAAAUGCCAUGAUAGAAAAACAUUGUUUGCUAAAUUGUCUGUCCGUAGUGUUCUCUGACAUUGCGCAAAAACUCAGCAAAUGAUUUGGAGGAUUUGCAGGCUGGAAACAGGUGCUAGACGUGUUUUGGUCUCUCAAAUCAAUCAGUACACACAUACAUACCUAUCUGUUUCAUGUGACAGUUUUCUCUUUCAGAGGGCAUACUGUAUGGCUUCUAACAUGGAAUGGCCAUCCUCCGUGUAUCUCCAUUUCCAUCCUUCAUAACAGCAAGUAGAGAUGCCAGCCAGGGAGGAGAGUCAGAACAUAAAGCAUAGUGGAGUAUUUUAUGAGUGAUGAAUAAUAAAAGGAAUAGUGCUGCAAAAACCUGCUCUUUGGGUGGGAAGCUUUAGUCUUGGCUUUUAGCCAGAGAUCUCCCUGCUCACAUACAGCCCCUAAACAUAUUUACAAAACUUCUCUGUUAAAAAAAAAGGUGUGUUCCCCAUACUUUUCAGUUAGGGUAGAGCAAACUGAAAAUGUUCUUAGGUUUUAGAAUUAAAACCAGAAAUUUGCCCUCCCCACAGAAUCAUGUGCUUAUUUGAACCCUGGCCUUCCACUACACCAAACUGGUGUUGUGUAUGAAUUUGUAGUCAGCUGUAUAAGCUAUAAGUCUGGUCCAGGAAUAAAGCAGGAUGAAGACCGUGUUUCGAGAAACGAAGUGUAGGAUGCAACUUGCAUACAUAGUCCCUAGCAGUAACAGUGGUAGUGCUGCUGUCAGACACCCAGCUCAGUGGCUUGCCAACCUUUCAGCUUUGGUGGAGCUGUUUUUACAUGGUCCUCCACUGAGAAACCCUUCUAAAGCUUUUCUACAACACAGUUUGAAAACCAAUAUCUUAGUUCAACAAUUUCAAAGCUAGGACCACCCCUUUAACUGCAGCCUUCAACAAUGAGACCCUUUUUUUUUUAAAGCAACACAUGGCUGUUCUUCCUCAUCUUCCUUUAGGGCAGGGGUGGGGAAGGAACAUGUGGCCCUUUAGAUAGUGAUGGACUUCAAGUUCCAUUCUGGCCAUGCUUGCUGGGGCUAAUGGGAGUUGGAGUCCAACAACAUCUGGAAGACCACAGGUUCCCCAUAUUUGCUUUAGGGUAACCAGAAUGGAAACCAGGACUCCUAUCCCUUUAAUAUUAUACAGAAGAGGGGGCUUUAAGCAGCUUGUUAAGUAGAGAUAAGAAAAGUUAUCAAAACAUUUAUAUAGCUAUACAGGUGCCAUUUUCCUUAUUUAAAUACCCACCCACCCUCAGAUCCUAGAGAUAACCCAGAUUUGAGAGUACAGCCAAGAAUGUAAAUUGGGAAAUCAGCACAGAAGAGUUAAAUACCCCACAGCUCCACUGCUCUGAUGAAAUUCUGCUUUUCAGUAAAAAUGCAAAUGUUGGGAGAUCAAGUUGCAGAUGCCCUGCGCAGUGUAGCUUUGCCCUCAGAUUUAAAGUUUGCAAAGUUGUUUUACAUUCUUUGUCACUCUCUCAUUCAUCUUUAUUGAAUUUGAUUGGCUUUUACAAGUGGAACUUGCAGCAAAAGAUGACUCAGAAACUUCAACCGAUCCAAAAUGCAACAGCCUGUUUACUGGCUGGCGUUCCAUUUAGAACUCGCAUAAGCUCUGUGUUAAAACAAACUGCAUUGUUUGCAGUUUCUUUCCUUGACCCAAUUCAAGGUACCGGUACUUACUUGAUGUUUGAAGUCAUUUUCUAACUUUUGGAACCUUUUCUGAGUUUGGGUUUUUUUUGCUCUUGUGUGUGUGGGGGGGGAUUCUUGUCCUUUUCUUUUACGUUGACUGUUGAUUAUAUGUUUGUGUUCUAGAGUGUCUUAGGUUAUUGUUAAGGAAGGACACUUGUGUCUUCCUUAGAACAAAUCUUUUGUGUUUGGUACUUAACUGCUUUAUUAUUGAAAAAAUUAAUAGAAAUCAGGCCAUUCACUAUGACAGCCCCUAAAUUGUGGAAUUCUCUUCCCAAAGAGGUGUGCACUUUCUUCACCUUAUAGCUGUCAUUGGAUGUUGAAGUCAUACCCUCACUGUAUUUUCUUAUUUAAAAUUGCAUUGGUUUCUUACUUAAAUUCUCGUAUCUCAUUUUAAAUUGUAUCACUGUAUUGUUUUAACCUGCCCUGGGACUUUGUGGUGAAAAGCGGGUUAGAAAUCCUGUUUACAGUUACUAUUAUUUAUUCCAUUUAUAUCCUGCCCUUCCUCCAGAAGUCCAGGGCAGCAACAGAAAAUGCAGCGUGGUGUACUAUCGUUGAGGAUUCCUGCCAUUUCAUUCUCCCUGCUCCCAAGCAGCCAGUCAGCAUUUCAUGCCAAUUGUCAAGUUUUGGUUUUAUCCCACCUAAAAAUAUUUUGUAUCUCUGCAAACCUUGGGGUUUUUACCAAACUUGCAUGGGAUGUGCCAUAAGCAAAUGAUACACAGUCUGAACUUUGGAAAUGGAAGGAAUUAUGAUGCAUAGCGUAGGCAGAGAUGUAUAUGCUUUGCAGUUCUCUUACUGUUGGUUUAUAUCUUGUAGAGUUGUGCUGCUGUGUAUUUCUUGAGAGAGUGGGUGUUACUCAGCUACGUCUUACUCAGAGUAGUCCUAUUGAAAUGAAUGAACCUAACUUAGUCUACUCUGAGUGAAACUUAGUUAAAUACCACCCAUUAUCUAUGGGCUGCAGUAAAGAUGUGAGUGCAUGGGGAAAAUUCCUCCCAGGGUUUUUUGGGGGGCGGGGGAUGUUUUCCUCAAGGGAAAUUUGAGGGGUUUCCCCAUUCCCCCCUCAAAUCUUCAGAUCUCUAGACAGUAGGAGAAUUUGGUCUCUCCUGGUUGAUGGUACUGCUUGCGGCAUCGUGGAAAGUUCGUUUCAGAACUUACUUUAUUUACUUCAAGUUCCUUUGACAUGAUACACUGUGGAGUUUCCUGCUUACAGUUCAUUUUGAUCUGGGUAGUGUAUAUUCUGUACAGGUGACUCUCAACUUACGCUGGGGUUACGUUCUGGGGGUAGCACAUAAAGCCAAAAUCACAUACACUCAAAAUGAAAUGGGUUCAGUGGUGGGUGGGAUUGCGAAAGACUUUUCCACCCAGACGUCCGCCCCCUUUUUAUUAUUACUAUUAUUAUGCCAAGUGCAUAAAGCUGUACUUCCACCAUCAGACCAUCUGCUGCUAGAUGGUAUCUGUUUUAGACACAGAAUUCAGCAUCCUAUAAAUCUCAGUGAUAAACUUGAAAAGUAAUGAUCAGUAGUGAAAUCUCAAAAGACCCAAAUGUCCUGUGGUCCUGGAGACUUUUAGAUGCCCUACAUGGUUUCUUGCCCUUUUCAGUGGCCAUUAGAACAAGUAGGCAAACAGACCUGUGAGCACAUUUGCAUAAAUUAUUUAAGUUGUAGAUUUUGGGUUGCUUUUGUGCAAAAUUUGGAUAUUCCCCUGAAAUUUAUGCAGAUCUGGGGUAUGUGUAUGUAUGUUGAACUGACAUGAGGGCCCCAUACCUCACAUCUAUAACAGCUAGCAAUGUUCUCUAACACAAGUACAGUCGUACCUUGGUUUUUGAACAGCUUCGUUCUCGAAUGUUUUGGCUCCCAAACGCUGCAAACCUGGAAAUGACUGUUCCGGUUUGCGAACUAUUUUUGGAAGUCGAACGUCCAACGAGGCUUCCUACAGCCAAUCAGAAGCCAUGCUUUGGUUUCCGAACGUUUUGGAACUCGAAUGGACUUCUGGAACUGAUUCCGUUCGACUUCCAAGGUACGACUGUAGUGUUUUAGAUGCUGUGUAGAGCACAGAACUAGCAUUAUUUUUGUUUGGAAAGCCCCCAGUCUACAUUUGAUGGGCAGCACAAGGUUUGGGGGGGGGGGAGGUGGGCAUGUUUAGCCUGGAGAAGAGGAGGUUAAGGGGUGAUAUGAUAGCCAUGUUCAAAUAUAUAAAAGGAUGUCACAUAGAGGAGGGAGAAAGGUUGUUUUCUGCUGCUCCAGAGAAGCGGACACGGAGCAAUGGAUCCAAACUACAAGGAAGAAGAUUCCACCUAAACAUUAGGAAGAACUUCCUGACAGUAAGAGCUGUUUGACAGUGGAAUUUGCUGCCAAGGAGUGUGGUGGAGUCUCCUUCUUUGGAGGUCUUUAAGCAGAGGCUUGACAACCAUAUGUCAGGGGUGCUCUGAUGGUGUUUCCUGCUUGGCAGGGGGUUGGACUCGAUGGCCCUUGUGGUCUCUUCCAACUCUAUGAUUCUAUGAUUCUAUGAAAUUGAGAGAUGUAUCCACUUGCUUUAUACUGAGCCAGAACACCGGACUAUCUGGUCCAGUAUUUUUUCCUCUGACUGUCAACAACUCUCCAGCGUCUUUGGUAGAUUCCCCCCCUGCCUCUUGUUCCAGAGAGCCUUUAAUGAUAAAAUUGUAUGUAAAUGACUGAAACAAACAAACGCACUCAGAGAUGGGUAAUCUGCGCUCUCCAGAUGUUAUCAGACAACAGUUUAACUCUCUCUGUUGGCCAUGAAAGUUGGAGUCCAGCAACAUAUGGAGGCCACAAGCUCCUCAUCCCUCCUUUAACUGGAGAUGGCAGGGAUUCUGAACUUUAGUUCUUAUGAAUGCAAAGCAUGUUUUCUGCUACCAGAAGCAGGUUAAGUAUACAGUGACCCCAAACUCCCAUUAUUCUAGGCGCAUUUUGCAACAGGGAAUUUCAUUGGCGUGACCAGGUUCUGAGCUCUGGGCACAGUACUGCGCCUAAGAUUUCAUAUUAAAACUGCAAAGUGGAAGAAAAGGAGGACCUUUUUCUGCCUCCCCACUUCCAGCUACUCCCUGAAGACUGGAGAAGAGACCCUUUUAAGAAUAUUAGGGAGGUGGGCAGGGGAAGGAGUAGAUCAUGCGAAAAAUGAACAUAAUAUUUUAGCUGCAGUUGAUUCAUUUUCAGCUUUGUAUUCUUGUUAUAUAAAAAAAGUGCGCCCAGACAUUCCAUUGUUGCUCCCAUAACCUAGGUUUAUUUAGCUCCUCGCUUUCAUGUCUCAGUUUCUAACACUGCUCAGGAAAGGUUUUACCUGAAGGAAAAAACUUAUUGGGCCAACAUGAGGCAUAGAAGAGGCAUAUAUCAUAAGGCAUGAAGGUGGUGGAGGGAAAGGAAUGUAUCAUAUUAUCCUUCCCCAAUCUGGUGCCCUUCGGAUGUUGUUGAACUCCCAAUCUGCAUCAGUCUUAUCUAGCAUGGCCAAUGAUCUGGAAUGCUGGGGGUUGUGGUCCAAAAUGACUAGAGGGCACCAGUUGGCAGAGGCUGUCAUAUGUGGCCACAGGGAUGAGCCUUACUUCCCAGACUCUGGAGACCACAGAUCAGGAGUGGGGAACACGUACCUCUGCAGAGAUUGCUGGACUAGGAUUCUAUUAUUCUAUACUACAACUUCCAUUACCUCUUGACUGUCAGCCACCCUGGCUGGGACUGAUGGGAGCAACAGGUAUGAUGGAAGAUCACAGGUUCCCCAUCCCUACCAUAGAUAAUUCUGUUUUGCAGGUAGGGGAAGCAACCAUUACUUUAAAAUUCCCUGUCAUUGGAAAGAUGGUUAUUGCUCUCCUGUAAGUGUUAAAAUGAUGAGGGAAUUGUUGUUCUUGCCUGUUCAAACUCUAUGUAGGAAGUAGAACAACACAGCCUCCCAGAUUAUUAUAUCGCAGUGUGGGGCCCAAUUUGACUUUGCUUGAGAAGGCAAUAGGCAUUUUCUGUUGUAAUUGUAUGUUCUUUGAAAAAAUGUUCUCAUUAUAAAAAACUAUACAUGGUAAUGCUAUGUUUGUAUUUUAAUACUUUCUUUCAUUAUUUCCUAGCUUGCUUCUGGUUUUAAAAUAGCUAAAGAAACUAAUUUUAAGUACCUUAGAAACCUGCAGCUGAACACUUGGCUGGUUAUUUCCGUUUGAUAUGUGACCUUCAGCCUUUGUCUUUUCCCUUCUCCACAGUUCCUAGCUUAAAUGUUUUUUGUCCUUAUACUUUUCCCUUUUGCCAACAACUUGGAGCCCCUCUUGUGCUCAGGCUGCACAAGCUAUUUCACCCUAGCCCCUCACUCUGUUUGUUGUUGUUGUUUAUAGUCGUUUAGUCAUGUCCGACUCUUCGUGACCCCAUGGACCAGAGCACGCCAGGCACUUCUGUCUUCCACUGCCUCCCGCAGUUUGGUCAAACUCACUCUGUUUAGCUGUUCUUUAUCUCAGUCUUCUGUCUCCACACUUUCAAAUGUUUUCAAUGUCUUUUGCUCAGCCUACUGCCCUUUUUUCUUCAGUUGUGUGGCUUCUGGCCUCCUUAUAUCUUCCCAGAAUUCUGUCUCCUUCCUUCCUGCUGACAGCACAUAGUUCCACCUGUCCUUUCGCCCUUCGUUAUCUCUUUUUCCCAAACAAGCGAACUUUUCAAUUCCAUCCACAGCAAGCCUUAUUAUUUGUCAACAUUCUGUUUCAGACACUCACUGAACAGUUAGAAUGUUUGUGAACAUCUCAUGAUAGUGCAGAACCAUUGGCCAGGGGCAGAAAGCCUGUAGGUGACAGGACAGGAGACAGACAAAGGACCAUUUUUUGCCUGUUUAUAGUUACCAAUCUAUCAGUAACAAGCUCAAGAUUUGACGGCUGAAAAGUGGAGGGGGAAACUAGGAUAUAAGAGCUCAAAUGAGGCAGCUAAUGGGUAUCAUUGUCAAGGUUUAGAUGGGUAUUUAGAGACAUGGGUAUUUAGAGAGACAGGGACUUGGAGGAAGGCUGACUAGCUGGCGCAGAGAUGGGGCACCUGUGUACAAGCCGCAUCAGUCCUAGCCAUCAUUCCCAGUGGUCAGCGAAGUUGUAGUCCAGCAAUGUAUUGUAACCCUCAGGUCCCCUCCCCUAACCUUGAGGAUGGAAAUGACUUACUGCAAGUGAUUUAUGAGCUGUACUAAUGUGCAAAACAUUUUAGAAGGGAAGCAUUACUAAACAUAUAAAGGGCCUGAAGACAGAAAAGCCUUCGUUUAGUUGGUGCAGGGGGCUGGAUUCAGGAUAAAUGUUUCUGCAAACUUUGGUAGACUUCUGCUGAAACAAACACUUUAAAAAUUGUUGUUGAAAUCUUUUUCUUUCCCCCUUCUUUUCUGAAGACAGUGUAUUCAACUAUGAAUACAGUGUAUUCAACUAUGAAUACAGUGUAUUCAACUAUGAAUACAGUGUAUUCAACUAUGAAAAACUGAAGAAAGACAUUAUUUUGACCAACGUUUAACUAAUCAAAUUUUCUGUGCCUGCUUAUUGUAAUGAAUUUGGACCUUGACAGCACUUAGCCCAAUCCCUUUACUUUGCUAGAGAGGGUGUGGAUAUGAAGCUUUAAAAAUGUACCUACUUGAGAUCAGCUUCGUUUCUCAUUUUAACAAGGAGGAGCCUGUUCAUAAAGUAUGGAGAAACAGUGGCUUUGUUUAUGUUUUUGGUCUCUUAACUCCUUUCAGCCAGCUUUAGCCAAUAAAGUCAAUGGCCAAGGGUAUUGGAAGUUGUAGUUUAGCAACAUCUGGAGGGCCCCAGGUUCCUCAGGACUUUUCUAGUUUGUGACCUCAUUUGUAUGGGGUUCCCCCCCCAUAUAGGUAGUCUCAGUGGUGUGCCCCUGAUUUAUUGUUUUCCUUUACUAGUAUACUAUCUUAAUUCAGGGAUGGAGGACCCGUGGCCUUCCAGAUGUUGGAUCUACAACUCCCACCAACUCCCAAACCAUUGUGUAUGCUGGCUGGAGCCGAUGGGAGUGAUUCCAACAACAUAUGGAGGGCCACAGAUACUCCUUUCUUAUGCACAGUGAAAUCCUAUGCAUGUCUACUUGGAUGUAAGCUCCGUUGAAUUCACUGGAGCUUUACUGCCAGGAAAAUGAUAUUUGGUUUCAACUUUAAUUACCGUUUGCAAAUGGUAUGAUGUGAAGGAAAUGUAUUAGAAGUGUGGGAAUCGCACUGAUGUCUCUCUCUGUGUGUAUGUGUGUGUGUGUGUGUGUGUGUGUGUGUGUGUGUGUGUAUAUAUAUAUAUAUAUAUCCCGUGUGUGGGUGCCAGUGAGUUAAAUUUCAGUUGUGUGUGGUUUUAAGAGCGUGGGGCAGACAAGCUCAGAAAUCCAGACGCAUGAGAAGUUGUUCCAUUCCUGCUUGGUACUGUUUUUGUUAGAAGAAUCUACAGUACUCUGGCUAAUACUUCAAAAACACAUUGCUCAGCUACCAGUGUGAACAGUAGCAAAGUGAUAGGGCAAUAUGGAAAGAAGGCAGAGUACAGGAAUGUUGAUUUGGGCCUCUGGCCUGCCACUUGCCAGAUCUUAGUCUUGUCUACACAGAUGGAUUUCUGUGUAUUUUCUUCAAAGUUGCUCCUCAGAAAGUCUCUCUACUACCCACUCUGUGGCUUUUACAUGAUUUGCCCUUGCUACCAUUUCUAUCCAGGUACAGGCAUCCCCUGUUUACGUGUGGGAGUUAUGCCCAGAGGCACCAUGCGUGUUAGCAAAAUCGCAUGUAAUUGAAAACCCAUUGAAAAAGCCUGCAAACACCCCAUUCUGUCCCCGUCCUGCCCUUUUAGUGACGUUUCAGUGAUGACUUUAUGACAUUUCUGGAUCACUCCUGGGAUCAGAGUGGUGCAUGUGUACACGAUCGAUCAUACAUAAAUUGGGGGGGGGGGGCUGCCUGUAUCUGCAUCUGAUCAAAUUAACCCUUGCUCCAGGAAUACUCACCAAGAAACUUGGUUGCCUUAGCUGGAGUAGGAAAUGGUUCUCCCACACCCCCAGCCAAGGUAUAUAGGAGCCAAGGGUAGCUGAGUUAUUUUGGCACCUGAGGCAGCAGAUCCCACAAGUGCCUCUUCCACCUCAUUGGCAGUAAAAAUGCAACAAGAGUGGGGAACCUGUGGAUCUUCAGAUGUAGUUGGACUCCAGCUCUCAUCAGUCCCAGCCAGCAAGACCAGUUGUCAAGGGUGAUUGGGAGUUGGGAGUCCAGCAACGUUUGGAGGGCCAAAGGUGUUUCACUCCUGAGACAUGGCAAUUAAAGAUUCCUGGGUUGCAGGGGGUUGGACCAGAUAAUCCUCUUGGUCUCUUUCAACUUUACAGUGCUAUGAUUCUAUGAGUCUAAUAAUUUGCUGCCCCUUUUUGACACACCAAAUCAGCUGCCUACGGUGGUCAUAUCUCUCUGCCCAGUGGUAGGAAGCUUCCAGUAUGUACGCUAUGCACGGUCAUCCACACCUUGUUGUGACUUAAAGGUUUUGUGUGCACAGAACUCAAGUUUUGCCCUUAGCAGUUCUCCAGGCAGAGGUCAAUUGCAUUUGCUGUAAAUGAGCAGUGAAGUAUUUGUGUAUGCCAGGGAUUUCCCAUGUGUGUGUCUUCAUGUAAUAACAAAACUUGAACUGUUUUUAUCAGGAAAUUUUUCACUUCCAUGUCCGGGGCUUGACUAUCAUCGUCAUAGCGUGGGUGGGAGGGUAUUUUUUGUAACUGAGUUCUGCUCAGUAUAGAAAUAUUCAUUUGACUCUGUGGCUUCCGAGCUGGGUAGUAAUUCCUUGUGAUUUUUAGUUGCCUCCAGAGAUGGCCUGAGUAAUGUAUUAUGUUGAAACCAAAUGCGGGAAAAGGAAAAUAAUGAGAAAACCAGACACUUGGAGCCUUUGCUCCAGAAGUUUCCAUUAAGACAACAUUCUUGAGUGGGAAUACACAGGAAUGAAUGGUUUUCCUCUUUUCCAAUGUUGUUUAAUCAAUAUUAAUGUUGUUUUACAGAAAGCAAUUUUUCAAAUUGUUUCCUUGAAAAUUAACAAUACUGGCAUUUAGUUUAUGCUUCUUUAACUUUUCUAACCCUCUCUACACUUUCCCCCAAUCCAUUUAUAGCCCUUGGGGGGGGGAAUAAAAUGUGUGCAGGUGUGUUUGAGGGUAUCUGAGGGAGUACUGCUUAGCAAGAGAGAGUAAGUAUUGUGGUGUGCUUUCACGAAAAGCUUGGUUACUUGCGCCAGGGCAGGCAUGAACAUCUGCUAGUUGAUAGAAGGUGCGUUGCCUUUAACUGUUCUUCCCUGCUGUGCUGGGGGUGGCUCUUUGUGAGCACCACUUCCUGGAUGAUAUGGCUGGGCUCAAGCUGCUGAUAAAACAGGAUUCACCCAUCUGACUGGCCCAGACAGUGGAACAGCAAGUGCCCUCUGUUUGCUUGCAAAACCCCAAAGGAGCUAUUUAAUCUGCUACCUUGGCUGUGCAUAUUCCCCAGUUGUAUGUACAGCCUACUCUUUGACGUUUGUGUCUUUGGCAAAGUAGGUCGGUUUCCCAACUCAAUGAUAACAGUUUCCCACUCUGCAAUGUUGUAAUCUUGCUGUAACAUGGUCACGGAUUGGUCUUGCCUCAUACAAUUGUCGGUAAGUUUGGCAGACACUCUUUUUCUCCUCUCUCUCUCUCUCUCUCUCUCUCUCAACAUUCUCACAUUCAUGCUUGUUAGUAGCAAAGUUGCUUUAGGUGAACUCUUGUGAUGUCUUGAAUGGUAGAGAACAUUUGCUCCAUUUAAAAAACUGUACAUUACUUUCACGUUUAGCACCCUAUUGUUGAUUUGGAGAGCUGGGUGUUUUUCAUGCUUGCCCAGUGCUAUCUGUUGAAUGGCAUACGGAAAGCCAAUGAAAUGUUUGCCUAUUUUUGUAUCUUACACAAACAAGCAGUAUGCUCCAAACCAAUUCAGAAUAGCUGUGCUGUUUUUGAAAAUUAAAUAAAGCUGUGACCUUCCCUGACUGCCAAGCUUGCGUGUUUGGUGACGUCUCAGGCUGCAGGCUCCGGCUGCGCUCAUUAUGUUCUCCUUUUGCAUCCCUUCAUCAUCAGCAGUCCUUUUGUGCUCAUGAGAACGGCGAGGAGUGCUUUCAGAUGGCAGCAAAGGUCACCAUUUGUUUUGGGUAUCGCGGAUUGUGACAGUCCUGUCUUCGUGGCUCUCCUUUCCUCUUUGCACAAGAAACCAAAAGGGCUUGAAAGAGGACAACACAAGGGUGUUUUUGAUGACUUUAGCUGUUGCUUCCUCCCCUUCAUAACCCUGCCUAAGUUAACUCUUUUCUCCCCCCAGUCGCUGAAAGUGCAUUUGUUGCAAACUGAUUUUUGUUGUGGGUGGAACAGGGUGCCAAAGGAGUCCCAUUUACCCAGCAGUUGCGCUACAUAACUGUGAGGAUAGGAAAAGUGUCCCUGUGGAAAGCCACAUACCUUUCUGCCCACCCCCCUCACCAGGACACUCCCACACUCAAAGCAGGAUGCUGCCCUUCAGACUAUACAAGCCGCAUACUGAUUGUGCAACGAUUCCUGUCAGUGUGGCGGGGGGGGGGGCGCAGCAACGUGGGCUGAAACAGUCAUGUUGACUUGCUGGGAUCCAGAGGACUGAGAAAAAAAUUGUAAGCUGCUCCCUCCCUGCUGGGUUAAAAAAGGCUGAAUCACACACCGAUCUAGUGAUUUCUUUUCUAUAUGCAGGAAAAGAAUAUUUUAUUGCAGAUAUGCAUGUACACAUGUUAUGUGUCCUAACUGCUUUUACUAUCAACAUUUAAGGUAAAGGUAAAGGGACCCCUGACCAUAAGGUCCAGUCAUGACCGACUCUGAGGUUGCGGUGCUCAUCUCACUUUAUUGGCCGAGGGAGCUGGCAUACAGCUUCCGGGUCAUGUGGCCAGCAUGACUAAGCUGCUUCUGGCGAACCAGAGCAGCACACGGAAACGCCAUUUACCUUCCUGCUGGAGCGGUACCUAUUUAUCUACUUGCACUUUGACGUGCUUUUGAACUGCUAGGUUGGCAGGAGCUGGGACCGAGCAACAGGAGCUCACCCCGUCGCGGGAAUUCAAACCGCCGACCUUCUGAUCGGCAAGUCCUAGGCUCAGUGGUUUAACCCACAGCGCCACCCGCGUCCCUACUAUCAACAUUUAAUGUCCACAAAUCAUUCUUUUUUCUCCCCAGUGACAACACCACUGGGGAAAGGGGUUUCCUUUUUUGUGACUUCGUUUUGCUCUCUGCAAACUAGCAGCAGUCUUGACAUUUGCUUACUUAGCGAAAUGUUUGCUAAAGAAGGAGCCACAUGGAUGAUCAUUUCUUCCUUCCAUUACUCCAUGCCUCCAACUCUCCACCUUCGGGCUUCACUUUUCACUUCUGUUUAUUAGAUUUCUGACUGCUGCACCCAUUGAUACGGGAACUCCUGCAAUGUGGGGCCCUCUCUCCUCACUGCCAAGGGUAACAUGAGAGACCUUCACCUCUGUGAAUGGAGCCUACAGUGCAGCUUCUCAUCAUGCCAACAUUCUAGAACUGAGUCAAGGCUGAAGUGGUUAGGAGUUACUAUAAGCCUUUCCCACAUGGACUGGAACUUGUCGCAGUAUGCUUUUGGCGUAUGAAGGAACAAUACUUCCAUACUGCGAGGAAGCAGGCUUUAGCGGCUGUCAUAGAGAGGUGAGAAAGGACCACAAAUGAUGGAUAUUCGAAAUGUUCCCCAAGAGCCACAAGCUGUCAGGGAGAUGGCCCCAAUGAACCCGUGGUCUCAUGUUGCAGAGGCUUGGUCUAGGAACUAUUUUUUUGGUGGUUACCUGCCUAUAUGGCAAGCAGGUUUUCUUUGAUCAGGUUGUGCUUGUGGGCCUUCCCAGAGGCAUCUGGUGAGCCACUGUAGGAAAUGGGAUGCUCAUCGCUGAGCAUCUUGUUUGCCUAGUAGCCAUAAAAUAAAAUUUUUAAAAAUUCCCCUCCCACAUGCAUUUGCCAUAUAAAACAAAUAUUUGAAAACCUUCUUACGAACUGCAGUGGACUAGCUUAGUGGACGUCAUCUGGCAAUGAAUUCCAGAGUCAUGGGGCUACCAGGGAAAAAGAUUCUGCUGCAGGUCUGAAAAAUACGUUUUUGUUCCCUGCGUAUUGCUUUUCAUUGUAUUUUAGGAGCUAGUGCUCCUGCACAGUCUGGAUAGGUUUUACACAUUUCUAUACACUGACAUCAAUCGUCAAGGAAGCAAGGUGCCUGGGAUUUUCCCAGCUCUCUUGCACUGUUUCCCAGACCUCCUACGCAAAAGCCAGAUAGCUUUGAACUUGCACAAGCACUAGCCCAUUAGUGUGACCUUACGGGGUUUAAAUUGUCUGCAUCAAGUGUUGCUGGUUUUUUAAAAGAGUGUUCAACUUGCACUUGCUCUGUUGUUUUUUUAAGAGUUGCAUGAUACAGAAAACAUUUGUCAUAGCUGAGACAGAAGGCCUUCCAAGUUUGUUUGAACCUAGAAUGCUCCUCCUGUCUUGCACUUAUUAAAUAUUCGGAAACGCUGGGAUCUUUGCCUUCUGUCAGUAUUUGCAAAAUGACACAUUUUUAGGUGUAUGUGUGCAGACAGAUGCUGCUUUAUCCAGAGUGAUUUGUUCUUAUGUUAGAGAUUAAGGGCAGGUUUAACCUGGAAUCUCCCAGUCGGAUUAAGGUUUCAUUGGCCUCUCAUCACGGGAGAUAGCAAAAAUACCUUUCCCCUUCUGAGGCUUGAGCCCUGGAGUUUAGUGAAGCAGCUGCUUUAGCUUGGCAGCGUUUGGAAUUGUAAACAUCUCUUUUUGAUGCUGUUUGGCCCAAGAGCAUUUACAGAAGUGACACUGUUUUCGGAUGUGAGGGGAUAGCUCAUAACAUUGUCUUUUAAGGCCAGUAAUUUCCUAGGGUUGGAAGGGAGUAUAGGGUCAUCAAGCCCAGUAACUUGACACAAGGAGGAAUCCCACCUAAAACAAACCUCAAUGCACAAUUUUUCCUCAUUUGUUUAUGGGUGUAAGGGGCAGACAGAUGGUUUUUCCUUGAGGCAUCAGUUUCGAUUGAGGAGGUAUGUAGUUUUUCCCCUAGGCACUGAAAAUGCUGUCUUUUAUUCACAAUUUGCAGCUUUCCCCUUCUGCUAGCACAUGAGUAGGGAAACUAAGGCCCGGGGGGCCGGAUCUGGCCCAAUCACCUUCUAAAACUGGCCCACGGACAGUCCAGGAAUCAGCGUGUUUUUACAUUAGUAGAAUGUGUCCUUUUAUUUAAAAUGCAUCUCUGGGUUAUUUGUGGGGCCUGCCUGGUGUUUUUACCUGAGUAGAAUGUGUGCUUUUAUUUAAAAUGCAUCUCUGGGUUAUUUGUGGGGCAUAGGAAUGUGUUCAUCCCCCCCUCCCAAAAAAAAUAUGGUCCGGCCCCCCACAAGGUCUGAGGGACAGUGGACCGGCCCCCUGCUGAAAAAGUUUGCUGACCCCUGUGCUAGCAUUUCAGGUACAAUUAUUAGCCCAGUCUGGAAUGUGAUGGUCUGGGUGCCUUGGGCAUCUGUUGGGUAUCCUACUCAGGUCUAUGGCAUUUUGUGCCAGUUUUAGGAUUUUAGUGUUACUAUUUUUCAGUCACUUGGCAACACAUUGCUCCUUUGCUAUACCUCUCAAGGAUGGUAAAACUCAAAACAGCCGCUAAUAAAUUUAUAUAUUGCAAACACCAUGAUGCCUCUGCUUUCUACCCCCAAUAUGGAGAAAAGGGCCGGAAGAUCAGUGGUUAGAGCCACCUGUUUUGGAUGAAGAAGGUUGCAAAGUGGCUUCCUGGCACCUCCAUUUUAAAUGUACAGGUAGCAAAUGAUGGGAGAAAUCUCUGGCAGAGAGCCACUGUCAGAGUAGACAAUUCUGGGCUAGAUGGAUCAGCCUGAAAUUCACCUUCAUAUGUUCAUAAGGCCCCAUCGUUUUGUGAGCCUUUUGCUUUUAAGUUUUAUUUUCAGAAAGUUCUGAAAACUGUGUGCUCCCUGUUUUUCCCCGCUGGCCCAGUUUCUUCAAGUAUAUAUUGUUUCCUUGAGACACAUAGCUUGACUUGUUUGCAUGAAUCAUGCGGAAGUAUUGCACUGCAGACAUCUAUUGAUCUUUCAGGGCAAGCAAUUAUGACUGAGGACCAGUUCUGGGAAAAAAAAUUGUGGGCCACUUGAGAAUAACUGAGAAUGCUUCUGGAUCACUUAAUAAACAUUUCUUCCUCUGCAUAUGAAGCAGACCUGUAAUUCAUGGUUUUAAUAGCCAUAUGAAGGUGCUUCUGAGUUACAUGUGCAGAAAAAUAAAAUAAUGUCUUCUUCUGCACCAGCAUCAGUGUCAAGACUAACACAAGUAUAAUGAAAAUGUUGAGCCCUAGACCAUGACCUUGUUAGCCUGUCUGAUAAUUUGUCCCUGGUUAAAACAGCCUCAGUCAGCACCAUCAGGGACAAUGUGGUCAUCAGUCAGGUACAAAUAUUUUCAGCUGUUGCUUAACCAUUCUGUUGACUGCCUGAAUGGAACUUUCAAACCGCAGUUUGAGAUUCUCUUGUCCAGAUUAAGGUGGUUGUUGUUUUUUAAAUACAUUUUGUUUGUUCAUUGUAAGUUGCCUUGAGAGAGCUUUGCCCUAAAAGGCCUCCUAAAAUAAAUAGAAACAAAAACUUGGGAUUUCUUUCAGCUCUCUGAUUCUGUCAGUCUUGAUAGAACAGUCGCUAAAGGCCUGUCCUCUCUAGGGCUGGGCAAUAUCUGAUUUUAAACAUCACGAUAUAUCACCAGCUACAUAUAAUGAUAUCUUGAUAUGUUGCAAUAUAUAUUGGUGGUGGCGGAGAACCUUGCCGGGCCUCCCUGUGGUGGUGGAGGGGAUUAAAAUGUAAAGAAGUAGUAGAUUUAAUAAAAAUAUUAAAUAAACUUCCAUAUAAUAUCUUUAAUAUAUUUUCAACUAAUUUAAGGGUAGUUUAAGUGAUUUACUAGUCAAGUUGCAUCUGCUUCCCCAUUCAGAGAUCUAAGUGGAAUCUGUACAUGCAUAAACCCCACUGAGUUCAACUAAACUUAACUGCUGGGAGUAAGCCUCAUGGAAUUCAGUAGUACUUGCUUGUGAGUAGGCUCACAUUUGCUUGCACUGCUUACCGAAAAACACCCCAUCAUUUUCACAUAGUACCUAAACUCCCAUUGUUCAGCAUUAGGCAGCCAGCUAAAUCUUCUCCCCUCCAUUCCGCCCCCCCCACAGAAGGCCCGCCCAAAGCUCUCAUCCCACCAAUCUCUCCCUUUUUAUCAAAGAGGGGGAGGGAGGUCAAGCAAGCAAAAAGAGAGCAAGCAAAGCUGGAAACCCUGGUGCUUGCAAAAUAUCUGCAAAGUAUCCAUUCAGAUGAGCUAUCCCUCUGGGAAGCUGUUAAAUAUCCACCUUUUGUUCACAGGUAUACAGUCCUACCUCCGCUGACUGGUUAGUAAACUUCGGGAUACAUAAGUGGCAAACCCGGAAAUAAAUUUCCAGUUUUUUGCUGCAUGCGCAGAAGUGGUAGACUGCUUUUGCGCAUGCACAGAAGCACUCUACCACUGUGCGUGCUUGCGCAGAAGCGGUUCCUCCGGUUGCGGAAACCUCGGGAUCUGACCAGAGCACUGGAAUGGAUCCUGUCCGCAACCGGACAGGUACCACUGUAUUGCCUUGUUGAAACUGCUUAUCACAAUGUUAUUUCAGUACAGUGGUACCUCAGGUUACAUACGCUUCAGGUUACAUACGCUUCAGGUUACACACUCCGCUAACCCAGAAAUAGUGCUUCAGGUUAGGAACUUUGCUUCAGGAUGAGAACAGAAAUCGUGCUCUGGUGGCGCGGCAGCAGCAGGAGGCUCCAUUAACUAAAGUGGUGCUUCAGGUUAAGAACAGUUUCAGGUUAAGUACGGACCUCCGGAACGAAUUAGGUACUUAACCCGAGGUACCACUAUACCAGUUUACUGUACAGCCCUAGUCCUCUCACAAGGAAGACAGGAGAGCAUCUGGAAAAGACAUACCUUGGAAAACACACUAGGCGUGGUUCGAAAUGUGCACUUGCCAUUCAGUUUCCCAGAAGGUUGUUGAAUAUGUGCAUAUUACAAACAUGUGGAUUGUGAAUACUCUGAAGCAAAGGUCCAAAUCUAAUGGCCACUUCUCCAUAUACUCAUUUUGAGAACAUUUGUAACGGGUGGAAAAUAGAGAACUGAGAAAUUAGCAUUGCUGUGAACUUCCCUGCUCUUCUGAAGGCAGGCCUUAUCUAAUACACUGAUAUAUCUCUUCAGUUAAUUGUUGGUGUCUAGUGGCUCUUAUUUCACAAUCUUUCAUGUUUCUAGUUGCUCUUGUUUAGAGGGCAUCUAUCACUCCAUUGUAAAGCUUAGAGAUUGACAGGGUGCGGCUUCCACAAUCUAUCAUUCUCCAAGCUUCCCUCUCCUGUUCUGUCUUGCAUUUUAUUUAUUGCUGUGGAUUGGAAGAAAGAGUUUUUGAACUUGCAUAGUUGUGCCGGGGGGGGGAGAAAAGCUAUAACUAAAACUCAUGUAAACGUGAUGCAGAUUUUUGGUUCCUUCUGUCAAAAAUAAAAUAAAAAAUACCUGAGAAGGUAUGGCUUUGUACAAUCUUUCAGCAGGCUAUUCCAGUAAGAGGUUUUCCUGGCUGUUAAGAAUUAGAAUUCAACAUUUCUCUUUGUUGCUUAUAGUUGGCGUACUGUUGCUGGAGAGCCUGGGCUGUUCCUGAGGCCUUUCCCUUCCUCGGCCUCAUAAAUGUAAAAAAAUAUAUAUGUGUGUGUUUUCUUUGGAACCUUCUCUCCCCCUGAAAUGUGUCACUUUCUUUCAAGUUCUUUCUGUCUGACCCAAGCUUGUGGUAGGCUGCACUCUGAUAGAGCUUGGUGCCCUCUUUAUUUAGCAGGAGCUAUUAUGGGCUACAUAUUGGCUACUAAUCCUCCAGGUUAUGACUGUCUUAAGUCCUCUUAAUUUUUGAAGGAUGGUGCAGCUCGCAGAUAACAACUGGGUCAGGACAGCUGGAGAGAGAUUUUCAUAGUCUGGGGCUGGGCUGUGGGAAGGAAUAAAUCUCUGCCAAAAAUUAAAUAUGAAUAUAUUUGUAGUCUGUGUUGUGUACAGAUGUAUAAGGGUUGUGGCUUAGUGCUUUUCCACAAUGUUCUUAUGAUGAAGGGCUCAAGGGCUUGGUGUGUGUUAGUUGUUUUGUUAUUAAGACUAAAAGGUGGGGAAAUAAUUGGUUUAUUGACAUGAAUGAAAGGAGGCAUUCUUUUUCCCGCUGUCUCGUAAUACUGGAAUAACUAAUGAUUGUCAGAAAGUUGAGGACUGGCAAAAGGGAAUAAUUCACUCAUCACGCAAAACUCUGGUAAACUUAUUGAAAUUGUUCACUUCUGGAGGGUAAUGCACUCUAGAGGAUACUUGAGGCUCCUUAGGAGUUUCUGCUUGGUAUGGCUAGCACUCUUAUUUGAACCCUACUUAAAGGGGUUUGAUGUCCUUCAGAUGUUGUGGGCUCCAACUCCCAUUAUUCCUGACUACUUGCCAUGUUGACUAAUGGAAGUUGCAGUCUAGAACAUAUGGAGGGCACUACAUAGGCUAUCCUCGCCCUAGCCAAACGGUUGGGUGAGGAGGUGGCCUGGGCAUUUGAUGCAAAAGAACCUAAACUUUCUUGCAGGGUCCAAUUGACACCUUGUUUUACCAGAGAGCUAAGGACGAUGAAUCUGGAAGGUUGAUAGCAUGAAGCAUUAAACUUAAUGUGAAUACAGUUGAACGCAGCUGAGAAAGUAUGAUUUUGCCUACUGUAUUGUGAACUGCCCUGAGAUCUGCGGAGAAAUCAAUCAAACAAACAAACAAACAAACUCUGGGAAAAUGAUGGCAGUGUACAACAAUACUUUGCCACCAUUGCAUUCUUAGUGUGUCACCCACAGGAGUGUUUCCAAGACAUUUGGGGCAUAUUUGGUCUUAGCCCACAGCUCUCACAAGCAUGCUGUUUUUUGCAAGACAUUUCACUUGAAGAAUUGCUUGAAUCCAACUGAAAACUGCAAAUGCAAUACUGUAUAUCGUGCAGUAAAGUUAAUGAAUACAUCAAGGGCAUACAGUAAUCUGAUCUUGUUUUAAGGGAAUGAAUGCUAUUGUGGCCUGAGGAUAUGGGCAAGGCGCAUGGAGGGGGUGCCUACUCAACCCAUCAUGGCUGAUGAUCCCAGGGAGGGUGUUGCCUUUCUGGAAGCAGGGUAUGAUUAAUGCCUCCCUUGAACAAGGCUGCUCCUGAAGAAAUUCUUCUGCAUUUCAGGAGCGUAAUAAGCUGGUCACAUAUACUCCCUUUUGGGGCAAGGGUGGCAGCAGGCAACUCCAGGAAUUAUUGAUUGACUGAUUUCCUGGACACAUGCCAGUAUGGCUUCAGGUUUCAGGCUUGGUUUAGGCACAGAAACUGCCUUGGUCACCUUGCUGGAUGCUGGGAGAAGGAGUGCAGCCUGGGUAAUUCCCCUGCACUUCUCAAUUGCUUUCGAUGCCAUUGACCUACAGUGCCCUUCUGGGUAGAUUCUCAAAGAGUUGGUGGCAUGGAGUUUUGGUGAUCCCUCCCCUAUUCGGUUGGAGUAAUUGCUUAUUAUUGGUUCUUUCGUGGCGUUUAUGUCGUGAAGUCCCACAGAGUUCCACCUUCUUCUCCCAUGCCCUGUAACAUCUGCAUGAAACUGUUGAAUGCAGUGGGGUGAGAUGUCAUCAGUAUUCACAAUACAGUACAAGCAACUCUGCAUUUCUCAUUUGUAUCUGAAUCAGGAGGUGGUGGAAGUGCUGAACCUGGAGCCUGAAAUUUGUAGUGGGCUGGAUCAGGGCUAAUAAACUGAAGCUCAGUCCUGAGAAGGUGGGUGUGUUAUGGACAGAGGUGCUUCAUUUGUUUUAGGAGAUGGUGUUAAGGCAUUUCUGGACAGGACCAUACUCCUCUGGAAGACUAUGGUUUCUAGUUUAGGGGACACGUCUGGAUCCAACUUUGUCACCAGAAGUCCAGCUGUUGGGUCUUUCAUCAGCUGAGACUGGUGGGCCAGCUGCAUUCUCUCUUGGACACGAGAACCUCUUGGACACGGUUAUGCAUUAUACCUGAGGCUACCGUUUUGGAAACCUGCUGGAAACUUCAGUUAGUAUAAAAUACAGGUGCUAAGUUGCUGACUUGAGCUUUGGGAGCACAUUAUUCUAGUGCUUAUAAAACUCUACCCGCUUCCAGUUUGUGCUGAUAGUUGUUUGCCACAUCCAGUAGGGAGCCUUCAUUACAUCAGGCCUGGGUACAUCUUUAAUUGAAUAUGUUUAUACUGACAGGGCAGCACGCAUAGAGAUUAGGGUCCCCCGUGGGUUUCUAGCAAAGCAGCUUGCUGUUGUUUUUCCUGGCAAAAUUACUAUAAGCAAAAUUGCUUACAUUCAGAGUACUUGUCAAGUUGUUACUGCCUUAUUAACCCCUGGCUGUUUCCUGCUGUCCCUGCCCCCCCCCAAUCAAAUUAAGCCCUAGUAAGUUGCAGAAAUCCACUAUGGACUGCAUAAAAUGCUAUUGUGGCUGAUGAAACUGCACUUCAUAGCCUACAUACAGAUGGAUUAGAUUGUGCCUUCAGCAAAUUCAUGCACAUUUUCAAACAGUUAUUUUGCUUCUGCAAAUCAUAUAGUAAAGCAAGGGGCUGCAGGGCACUGAAGCUCCACUUCCUGAACGCUCAAAAUCCUGUUCUGCAUCCCUGUUCUGGCUCUCGGAUCUCACUAGGCAUUGGCUUUACACAGACAUUUGAAGCCUGUUCUGGCAGUCAUAAGGGUAAGAAACAUCAUCAUCAUCAUUAUUAUUAUUAUUAAAAAGCAAGCUCAGGUUCCUGGGGUGCUGAAUUCUGCACCCGUUACCCAAUUCUGUGUUUUUGUUCAGUUUGUGUGGAAUUGCAGAAUAUUCAUAAAAUAGACUACCAGUUUGCUUAUGAAGACAAGGAAGAAUGCCAUCUACUGUGAGCUUACCUGUCUAAUCUCCUCUUCUUCUUCUUCUUUGGUGAUCACUUGUAGCUGAGUAAGAUUUUCUUCCAUGAACACGUUCUUAACGGUGUGUCUGUGGAAGCCAAUUCUGGAUCCACACACCCUUUCACAGUGGGAACAUAGGUUUCUGGGCGAGAGUUGAUCAUGGUGAAGAUUUGCCAAAGGUGCCUUCCUCUUAGCUCAUUUUUCCCUUUCAUCCUGAGUUCAGGCUUCUUCAAAGUCCUAGACACCUUUGGUAAAGGCUUUUCUCGAAUUGGAGUGCUCGCAGGCCAGUGUUUCCCAAUUUUCUGUGCUUAUACUUCAUUUUUUAAAGAUUUGCCUUGAGAGUGUCUUUAAACCUCUUUUGUUAUCCACCAGUAUUUCGCUUUCCAUUCUUAAGUUGGGAAUAGAGUAGACAAUAAUCAGGCAUCCGAACCACAUGACCAGUCCAACGAAGUUCAUGUUCAAUAAGCUUAAUUGAGGAGGCUUUCAUUUAUCCUGCCUAUAUGAGAUGAAUGUGCAGCUAGAAUACAGAAGAGAGUUUUCUCUGGGGUGAAAUCCAGAUUAAUUAUUUUAUUUUUUUAAUUAUACCUCAUCUUUCCUCCAAGGAGGUGCACAUGGUUCUACCCCAACCCAUUUUAUCCUCAAGUAAGGCUGAGAUACAGUAACUAUCCCAAGACCACCCAGUGAGCUUUUAUGUGGCUGAAGUUGAGACUUGAACACAGGUCUACCAAGUCCUAUACUGAUACUCUUAACCACCUUGACUCUCAUUUACAUAGCUGCUCAGAGACUUCUGUAUGGUGCCCUUCUUAAUGAUCUUAACAUCUGUUAUACAGUGGUACCUCAGGUUACAUACGCUUCAGGUUACAGACUCCACUAACCCAGAAAUAUUACCUCAGGUUAAGAACUUACCUCAGGAUGAGAACAGAAAUCAUGCUCCGGCGGUGUGGCGGCAGCAGGAGGCCCUAUUAGCUAAAGUGGUGCUUCAGGUUAAGAACAGUUUCAGGUUAAGUACAGACCUCUGGAACGAAUUAAGUUCUUAACCUGAGGUACCACUGUAUUAUCAGUCACUCUGUUUCCAUUAUUGUUUUUUAGUGUGUGUGUUUCAUUUUAAAUUGUUCAAUGUUUUCUGCUUUGAGCAUCUCGGAUAGAAAGGUGGUGGAUACAUUUGCUAAAAUAUAUAAACAAACACCAAAGAUUUGCAUUCCUCUUUCCGCUUCAUUUGUAAACCUUCCAGGUUGUGGUGAUCAUUCAAGUCACAUUGUUAAAACUUUGGGGCAAUGAAAGCGCGUAGCUGGAAUCGUAUCUCAGCUAAGUUAGUCUGCUUAAGUUACCCAGUGGAAUCAGGUCUUUGUGUACAGAUGAACUGACUAAUAAGGAUGAAAUUCACAACUUUCAGAGAUUUGACCAAGUGCCCUCCAGCUUUGUUGGAACUGAUCCUGAUCCUUAGGGACUGGUGGUUUGAAAAGCCUCUUCAGGGUUUGCUUUCGAAAAAGCCUCUUCAGAUGCACUGGGCCUUUUGCCUUUCUUCAAAAAAACAAAAGAAGUUUACAAAUUGUGCAGCAAUGGGUUUGUAGACCCUGUGCAUGUUUCUCCUGUGGAUAACUGCCUUUGUCUGUCCAUAUUAGUCAACAAAAGCUAGAUACUUCAGAGUAUGGGGUCCUCCAUUCUUUUUGUUAUCUAAGCAGGGGUAGCAAACAUGAGUAUCCUCCAUUGUGGUUGUCCACGCUGACCAGGGGAGAUGGGAGUCCAAUAACCACAUUGGCUACAUCAAUAGUAAUUGGCUUUUAGAGAAAUGAUUCUGAAAGGAGACCUAUCCAGCCCCUCUGAAAAUUCUCUUAAUGGGAAUUUUUGUGGGGAAAUGAGACACAAGGGAAUGCCAAAAAUCAUGUGGAAUUAUCACCCAUAAGAGAGAGCUCCACUCAAGUUAUUCAUUUAUCUGUAACACACACAAAACCCUCUUGCCACAACCCACCCAAUUCCGGUGAGUUCCCCCCAACCGUCAGAAGAGUCUUUUACUGGAUUCAGAAGGCUGCCAGGGCACACAGGAGACAGGAAAGUAAUCUGCCUACCACCUGCAUAUCUCUGGAUCCAAGCCCAGGUCUAUUUCUCUUGAACCGAAGGGCAUCCCUGCUCACCAGGAUGGCUAGGUGAAGUACAAAAUCUGCAUUUUCUUGAAUUUGUUUUGGGGGCGGGUUUCCCUUGGGUGCACAGUACCCAGGGUAACUUUUGUUUAUCCCCAUGUUUUGAAGUUGCUCUGUAUUUGAACUGAAUCCAGUCUUCUGUUACAACGAAUCCAGAAGUUCCUAGUAUGGUGCAUUUGUCUCCCAGGCAGUACAAGCAUGUGGGUGAAUAUUUCUGUUAAACGUUGAGUGGGAGGAAGCUGGUUUACUAGAGGCAGCUGAUUUUCUGGAAGGAAAUUGCGUCUUCCUGUCAGGGGGCAGCUGGAGAAGCAGCAGCAGCAGCAAGAACUGGGGCCCAGGUUGCUUCUAGGAGACUCGUUUCUCACAGCCAUCUGGCACAGGCGUGCAAACUUAAGAUCCACUAAUGUAACCUGCUAUCCUGCCUGCUGCUCAACAAAUCUUCGGUUUUUCCAGUCCUAGACAGGCAUAGAACCAGGAGAGGGUAGCAUAAGGGGGGUGGGGCAGUUUGAACCAGGGAGGCUUCCCAUUUCACCUGUGCCUUAAAAGGGUUGAUCUUCGCUAGCUUAGAGCAAUGUCUUUGCACUGUUUAUACCUCCCACUCCCAAGUCACCACACAGCACACAUUGUCUGCCUGUGUGCAACUUAAGGCUGGCGCACGUUGUUAUCUUUUGUCACCCCCAUCUCCAUGCAGGAGGGCUGUUCUGCUACUUUGCGUAGAAAAAACAUGUCUGUGGUUCUGGCAUUGCUGUGGCUUUUUUUUUUAAAAAAAAGGUGAUUAGAAAUGUACUUGUUCAUGUGCGGGUUGGUUCUGAAUUAACUGGAUUCAGGCAAAAAUUGUGGCAAACCACUGGGGCACAGAGGGCUAGCUAUAUGACAACAAUUGUAGAUGAACUAAUGGCAUAUAAUGUCUACCUUAUUAGCUAUUAGGGCUGUGACAGUUCUCCCUGUGUAAAAGUGCUUGUGGAACAGGAUGGCUUUUAAUCAUGUACUAGUCUUGUUGGGGUUUCUAAGCCCUGACACAUUUUCAAUAUAGAUCACGCUUCCCGAUACAUGGACCGAUUGCUGAGUUCUCUACGGGGUAAUGAGGACUUUCCUUUGGCGUAGGUUGUUGUUUUUGGUAAUGCUCCAAUAUUAAAAGCUUCGUUUCGUUUUCCUGUUUUUUGCAGUUUGGAGUCACUUUGUGGCUCGUGACUCAAGGCUCGCUACUUUUGCUUUCAGUGACUGCUGUGAAUUGGCGUAACUGAACAACUUGGUGUGUGUGGUUUUCCCCCAGCACAGUGUUCCCAGAGAGUUUCCAGCCCAGACUCAAAUUUGCUUCCACAGCAUAUUAGGCAUGGGUUUCCCCUAUGACAGUAGCAGUAUGAGAGGGCUAACAAUUACGUUGUACAUGUGAAAGGUGGAGAAACCUGUGGCUGAGGAGACUGGGAAGGAAGUUUAUCACAAUGGUCUGUCCCCAUGGUAUUCAGCAGGGGUCAGCAAACUUUUUCAGCAGGGGGCCGGUCCCCUGCUGAAAAAGUUUGCUGACCCCUGCUGAAUACCAUGGGGGGGCAGACUAUAUUUUGGGAGGGAAACCAAAAACGAUGCAAGAGCACCACACGCCCCGGUGGCUGCUUACCUGUGUCUUGCGAGCGGCGGGAUGCUGAGUGGCGCGCGAAAGGGCUCCAGAGGGGAGCUGCUUAAAAUGGCAGCCGCUCGAGCGCUGCUGCUGCUGGCACCAACAAAGCCCAGCCCCCUUCCUCCUUUAGGCAGGGCGGGGAGAAGCCAGGAGGAGGGAGGAGGCGCUGCUGCCGUGUGAGGGAGAGGGAGGGUUGACAGAGAGGGAAAGAAUGUGCGUGCUGGUGAACCAUGCAGCGAUUCCUGGACCAUCCAUGGGCCGGAUGGCACUUGGGCCUGAUCUGGCCCACGGGCCUUAGUUUGCCUACCCAUGGUGUUCAGUCACUGGUACUCCAGGGGCAAACCUGUGGGCAAGAUACAGUUGUGAAGCAAGCUAAAGAGCCUGCUUGCUACCCUUUUUGGGUGUCCCCAGUUGUCAAGCUGUGUGUGGUGACUGACAAGGAGGGGCGGGGAGACUGUAUAUCUAACAAGCAUUGAAAGAGCUGAGCCAGAACCGAAACAAUUACCACCAUUAUCUAAUAUAUAAUGUAUAUCUGAUGGUAUCAUAUAGAAAUGGAAUCGGAUGACAAGACAGCAGUGGUAUAGGUGCAACCGUAACUUGGUUAUAUCUGCAUGUGCCACAUUUUUUUUAUUUUUAUUUUUGCAAACGCGCUCUUUAAAGGCACAGAAGUCAUGGGAGGGUAGCAGUGGUAUAACAAUGUGGAUUUGGUUGAUCAAGCACAGAAAACCCAAGAGGGUUCUUUCAGUUCUCUUUCACAUGUGGCCUUCGUACAAUUAAUGAGCUGGGUAUCACACUUCACACUGAGUGUGUUUUCCUUCACAUCAUGACGAAAGUACUAAACCUGUCAGAAGCUGAGAAGCACUAUAAUGGCCCAGAAGUUUUAUUUUUCUUCUCCAAGGAUCAGGACGUUGGCAGGCUCAGUCUUGAUCCUGCAACAACUGAGUGGAUUUUACUUCUUUCUUAACCUUGCUUUGGAAUCUCUUCUUAAUUUGAACAUGCUUUUAAAAAUUAUUAGGUUUUUGUUUUUUUUAACUGAUCUCGCCCUGCUUCUGUCAGACCCUACUGCAGCCCCUCUUCCUCCUUGGGAGUAGCUAUCUUCCUUCCCCUUUGUCUUGCGGUCAUGAUUCUCCCUCUAACGCAGAGCUUUCCAAACCAUGUGUCGCGACAUGUUAGUGUUUUGGCUGUAGUGUGUAGGUGUGUCGUGCAAAUGCUCCUGGCAUUGGAAAACAGUUAGUUUAAACUCUGGUUUGCUAGUAAAACUGAAUUACUGUGUCGCGAAAUGAUGCAUGCCUAAAAAAAAAAAGUGUAUCACCAAUAUGAAAACUUUGGAAAGCUCUGCUCUAAUGCUUUUAUUCUCUUCAUCUUUGCAGGGCGUUGAACUAG